CUCGUAUUUCCAAAUGGGGACACACACACACACACACACACACACACACACACACACACACACACACCCUUCCCUUCACCGGCAGCCAGUAGUACACAAGAGUGUUCACGAACAAGUUUUCUGAAUCCGGAUUGGACGUGGUCUGGAACUGGGACUUUGUUCAAACCGGACCAAGCUGAAGACAGACGAUGAAUACCUGGAGGGAAAAGAGCGGUGGUGGGUUCUGGAUCCCAAAUGCUGGAGGCGGAGCUGCUUUGUUGUUCGACCAAAUAGCCCCGUUGACCAGCUGUCCCAUCAUCAGUGCGUACUCCAACCUCGAAGGGCUUGCUGCCAAGUGUGUCUAACCAUCCCCCCGGUCAAUUUGUUUGCUUGAUCCCAGACGUGCGCGCGUGCGUUUGAUGAGAUAGCCUUCCGUGUCUCUCGACCAUCCUUUUGCAACCCCGGAAACUAUCUCACUUUACGGAGUACCUUACACGUGUACAUCAUAUCACACGGCGUGGUCUAGGAUUAUCUCUAAAAUACAAAGAGAGCCAAAAUCAGAGGCAGUUCGACCUUAUCUUUCGGGGCAUGCAUGGGGUUGAAGUUUGAACGGAGGGGCGUGUGCGUCUAUCUUGUCCAUCUUUCCUACUCGGGAUCUCGAGUGAAGAAGAGUAGGUAUGAGAGGCAGAUGAAUGAGUGAGAGGCAGAUGAAUGAGUGAGAGACAGAU